AAAGAGCAUAUUUACAUACUUGAAAGUAGACACACUCAUAUGUAUAUAGGAUUGACAAGAAAGAAGGCAAACAAGGAAGCAACAAGAAGGAACCUGUUAUGUAGGUAUGUUGUAGAGAAGACAGUGGAAUGAAGACACGCCGCGAAUACGAAUGCCAUAAUGAACACCAAAACAAACCAUGAAUAUACUUCUAAUUCAUACAACAGAGGUAUUGUGGGAAGCGAUAGUCCUGCUGCUUUAUUAGAUAUGCUGGCAGAAGUUGCUUCUCAAACAUUACAUUCGGAAAAGAAAUAUAGUAAAUCAUUAUUAACAUCACAAUGCAAGUCAAAAACAGAUUACAUAAAAAGAAAGACUUAUGAAUCAUUCUUUACUGUGCCACAGCUUUUGUCCAUGCCUGCAUCACAAUUAGUUAAACAGUUUUCUAUUUUUACAAGCGAUGAAUUAAAAAGGCAAUACUCUUAUACAUGUGCUCUAGUUGUUGGGUGUGGACAGAAAUAUACUAGUUUUGCAAGCGAGGGAAGGGCAAGAAUGUCAAUUAAAGCACACUUAGCAGAACAUUUAGAAUAUUUAAAAACAAACAAGGAUGCUUAUAAGAAUUUUACAGCAAAGUCAGUGAGUUACAAAAAUUAUAAAACAAGUCCUCAAAGUAAGAAAAAUAAAUUUCAACAGACAAGGAAACCACAAGAGGCAUUGAAUAAGGAGAAUAAGAAUAUUAUUGAAAAUUCUACAAAUUAUUUAAGAAAUAUUUUAUUGAAUGAUUCUACUUUUAAAGAAUUAGACAAAAAUAAAAACAUUGAAAAAGUAGAAAAUUCCAAAAAAUUACAUAAUUCUGAGCAAAAGGAUACUGAUAGAGCAGAUUUCAAAGUUCUUGGUGAUCAUAGCUAUUUCGAACGUUUAAAAGAUGAAAUUCCUAGUACAAAAGAAGUAUCUUUUCAUAAUACCUUUGAAAAUACAGCAAAUGAAAAUAUUGUACUUAUGGUUGUUGGUACUGACAGUGUUCACAUGAAAGAAUAUCCUCACAUUACUCAAAAAUUGUCAGAAAAAGUUAAUGGGAAAUCUGAAACUAUUUAUUUACCAGAAAUAUCAUGGUCAAAUGAAGGUGGUAAUAAAAGUGCAGAAAUUACAACUACUAAACCCAAAGGAAAAGCCAAAUUUAUAGGGACUAGUAAAGAGGAAAAAGAAAUGGCAUUAGCUUUUAUGGAUCGCAUUAAGAAAAAAGGAAAUCCAACCGGAAGUAAUCUUGAAUGUCGGAUUUGCAAUCCACCACGAAGUUUUACAGCACCUACAACAUUAGUAUCGCAUUAUAGAAGUCAUGCGGGAAUAAAACCUUACGAAUGUCGCAUAUGCAGAGCAGUUUUUACAAGGAGGCACAGUUUAAAAUAUCACAUGUUGAUUCAUCAAAAUCAAACACGAUUUACGUGCGGUGAUUGUGGAAAGAAAUUUAGGCAUCCAUCACAUUUUAGAGAACAUAGACGUAGACAUACUGGAGAAGCACCGUUUGGAUGUGAUGAUUGUGGACAACGGUUUAAAACAAGAAAUACCUACAAACGUCAUUUAAAAACAAGACAUGGUAAAGUUUUAACAACUACUGGAGAGUUGUUACAUCUUUCCGAAGAAGAUUUUCAGAAAGUUCGAACUAAUAGAAGGAAAAAAUAUGACACAAACAAGGACCAUGUAGCGAAUGAGGGUAUAAUUGCACCAAAAGCGAUUAUGCAUUACCAAAACGAUAACGAUCAACAGCACGAUACUGAAACUGAAGAAUAUAUCGUAAAUGAAGAUAUUGAUAACCGUGAAAAAAAUUGGGAGCCACACGAUGCAGUCCAAAUUAUUAAGAAUUGUUUUGAACCAUACGAGAUUUCUCCAGAAUCUCAUUUAAAUAAGACUGAAUCUGCAGAGACUGAAAUAACUGUAAAUAGCGUUUCUAAUAAGAAUGACAAUUGUUUUACAGAAGAAUUCACAGAUAAAAUACAAGACACAUCGUUAGUUCAAGAUGAAAGUGAACACAUUGUAUAUCAUGAUAACACUGAUCAAUCGGAAUUAAUUUAUCAUAAUAUAAACGAAGUACCAUCGUAUAUUAAAGUAGAGUAUAGUAAUAUAGUUAAUAAUACAAAAAGUAGAAACAAUAUAGAAGUUCAUGGAAAUCUAGAAUUUUCGGAAAAUCAAUUUAAAAAUUACAUACAAAUAAUAGAAGAUUCGAAAACAACUGAUUACAAUGAAUCGUUAAAUAAUUCUAUGAACAAACGAAAAAUUAAAUAUACACACGAUAUAAAAGAAUCAGGAACACAACUGAUACGAGAAAACAUUCAUAUUCAAAAACAGGAUGAAAAUAGCAAUAAACAAAUGACUGUUACUCAAGAAAAUAUAAAAUACGAGAAAGAAAACGGUAAUGUUAUCAUGCUUGAUUAUAAAUCUUGUCAAGAAAUGCAAGUGCAUAAGAUUGAUGUAUCGAAAAAUGCAAUAAAUUCAAAUACUUUAGAAGAAGCAAAUAUUGUUGUUAAUAGAACAUCAUCAACAACUAAAGAUAGUUUAGUACCAGCAGAUAAAAAUUUAAAUAACUAUCAAACUAUUGUAAAAAAUUUAAUUAAAAAUGGAGUAAUAACUUCUUCAAAUUAUAUUCUUGAAAAGAAUCAAAAAUUAUUAAAUCAAGGUGAACAAAGUUUGUAUAUUCAUAAUGAACCUUUAACCAGUAUAAUAAUACAAAAUAAAUGCGUGAAUGUGCUUCCACAACCGCUUAAAAUUAAUGAUGAUCUUAAAAAUAAAUCGAAAAUUCAAGUGAACAAACACCAGAAAUUUACAUUAUUGAAUAAACAUGUGCAAGCUAUUAAUAUAAAACAAAAUGAAAAUCAAAAUACAAUUUUGUUAUUAACAAGUGAUGCACUACAAAAUAGUAUUUUUAAAAUUGACCAAAAUAAUGCUGCAGAAAGUGAAACUAAAACAAAUAUUUGAAACAAGUAAGUAACAUUUAAUAAUAAUAGAAAAUAAAUUUAAAGAGUUUUUCAUCUUAUUUUUGUCAAAUCAAAGAUAUUUCAUAUUAAGAGCAAUAUGGUUUUAAAAUUAAAAGAAAUUUUUGUAUAGCUAAUAAAUAUGUAUGAUAGUAUGGUUACAUUAAAAUAAUACUCUAAGCUUUUGUACAUGUAAAUAUUGUUAAAAAAAUGUAGAUUUAAUAUUUUUUACUAGAAAAAGAAAACAUAUUAAAAAAGGACUUUUUAUAAAAAAUGAAUUUAAUAAAAUAUUUUUACAUGAUUUAGAAUAUAUAAAGUGCACAGUAUUAGCAUACCUUAUAUCCAGGAUGUUCGGUUAGAGGUGGGCAUUCUUGAUGGGGAUAGUAGCUAAUUACCUUCCUUUGGAACGAUACCCACUCCUAGCCGAACACCCUGUAUAAAGUUUAAAAAUGUGAAUUAAAAUGCAUUUAUUUUGUUUCAUGAGAAAUAAUGUUAUUUUUGAAUUGUUUAAGAAGUAUCUUAUUAUAUAUUAUAAAAUCUUUAUUUAUUAGCCAUUCCAAACAUUGCAGCUAUAAAUCUUAAUUAAUCUACAAUAUUAACCCUACAUAUAUAUGUAUAUGAUGAAAUUAUUACAAAUUUGAUUCACUCAAGUAUAUGAGCAUAAGAUACGGUUACUUAAUAGCAAUAACAAUUAUUUAUGUGCCAAAUAUUUAAAAGCAUAGUACAAAUUUCUAAUUUGUUUAAACGAACAGUAAGUUUGUGUGACCAAUCAAUUUUCUAAAGUAGCUGCAAAUCAUAUAUGUUUACCACAUGUAUUGCAGUAUACAAAAAUGUAUAUAAUAAUUUUCAUUGGGUUUAUAUUUUUGUCUUUAAAUACUUAAAUUACCACAUUUUCUCAAAUAUAGCUCAAACGUGUCUUCCGUAUACAAAUUAUCAUUUAUUUGGCAUCAUAUUCUCAAUGUUUUUAUAAAAAUAUAAAUACGAAUAUAAUAAUAUAACAGUAUAAUUACAUAGCAAUAAUUCAUAGCUAUUACAAAUGAUGCAUAAGAUACAACACAGAAUAGAUAUUCUACAUAAUGAUAAACAGUUUUUGCAUAAGACAGAACGAUAUUUAAUAAUUAGUUGUGAAUUAAUUUUGGUAUCAAUAUACACUUAAAAAAAAUACUUUACAAAUCAAACUCUGUGUAAUAUGAUUUAAAUAUACGUAUUAAAAGCUUACAAGAAUGUAAAUAUAGAAUGUUUGUAGAAAAAUAAGCAUAUUUUUUAUUCGAGUAAUAAUUGUAAAUAUUGGUUUAAAAUAUCUUUAUCACAAUCAAUUAAAUACUGAAUAGUUAAAAUCAGUAUCCAUAAUUCAAAGUUUGUUUAAAAUAUUACAACUUAAGAAUUAGUAUUUCUUAAAUCAUUACACAUAACUAAUAAUUAUCAACAGUUUUGAAGAUAUAAAUACUCUUCUAAACCAAGAUGUAAUUUUAUAGAAAUGUAGAAUGCAAUAUUUACAAAAGCCAGUUGUUUAUUCAUUGUAUGAAACAAAAGUAAUAAGUAAAAAAUUAUUUUACAUUACCAAUUGUACACUGUGAAAAAUAAUGUGCCUUGUAUGUAUCAUACAAUUAAUUAUUAUACAUAUUAUAUAAUACGAAACUAAUGUUGUAAUAACUAUACAACAAAAUAUUCAAACAUACUCUUUACUAAUUUUUGAUU